AUGACAUCCGAUCUAAUAGGAAAUCGAUUUCAAGUAAUAUCAAAAGCUGGAGAAGGACAAUUUGGCAGGGUCUUUCUAUGUACGGACUUGAAGACCCAAAAUAAAUGUGCAGUAAAAAUUCCAUCAGUUUCAAAUAAAAAUAGCUUUCCUCAGUUACUGAAUGAAGGCAAAAUUUUAAAGGCAAUACAAGGAGGAAUUGGAAUUCCAAAAUUUAUUAAAUUUAGUAAUCUUCGCUAAUUUAAUUUAAUACAAGGCAAUUAUUUACUCCUCAUUUUUUGUAUUUGAAAGAAAAUCUUUUUCAAAUUUAAAAGAGGCUAAUUGUUUAAUAUAGCAUUUUUAAAAGUAAAAAAAUAUAAAUGAAGACUAAAUGCUUUAAUUUAUUUUUUUGUGAUAAAUUAAUUAAAGUUUAUUCGAUUCGGGUUAAAAACUGUUUAAGAAAUGUUCUAAUUGCGCCUCUUUUAUUAAAUUAGAUCAAAACUAAAUUUAUAAAAUUUACCAAAGGGAGAGAGUUAGCUAAAUAAUGGCUUGAAAUUAAUUUUAUUUUGCACUCGUUUUUGUACAUCAAAAUUAGUUAAAUAAAGCAUAAUAAAUGAAGACGAACUAUUUUUAGCGAUGCAGCAUUUAGGCUCUAAUUUAGAAGAAAAGUUUAUAGUGAACUACACUGACUGGCACGGGAUGCUUUUGGCUCAGUUUCGAGCCAAAAGCACCCCAUGCCAGUCAGUGUAGUUAACUAUAUAAAGUGCAAUAGAAAAUUCUCACUAGCGACUGUGCUCACCAUAGGUGAGCAACUAUUAGACAGGCUUGAAUAUAUCCAUCGCAAAGGAUACAUUCAUAGAGACCUAAAGCCACGCCAACUCUUAUUAGGUAAUGGCUCUGAUUCCUCUACUCUCUAUGUGAUUGAUUAUGGCCUUUCAAAACAAUAUAUCCAGAAAUCAAUGAAUUUGCAUAUCCCUUAUACAGAAGGCUGAAAUAAAAUGAUCAAGUCGGUGGAAGAUGAACUCCGAGGCACAUUCCCUAUGGAGCAGGUAGGGCCAGUCUCAAUGAAGCUGAAAAUAGUGCCUCUAUCAUUUUUUGAAGUAGGCCUUCGGGUUUAAGGAUACCUUCCCCUGAAGGCCUUCCCUGUCUCUGCCAGAUAGGCUAGAGAGGUUUUACCUCCCAUUUAACCUUUGCUUAUAAGGACUAAGGGGCAUCCGCAAGAAGUAGCUCUAGCCUAGGGAGCUAAUCAGGUGGGUUUACAUCAGAUAGGAAGGCUAGUGUUCUAUCCUUAUAACGACUUAACUUAUACAGAAGGCAGACCCUUUGAAGGCACCGCAUAUUUUGCGUCUCUGAAUACUCAUAUGGGAAUUCAGCAAAGCCGUCGAGAUGAUCUAGAAGCCUACAUAUAUAUGCUCGCAUAUUUUUUGAAUGGUACUUUACCAUGGAUUGCUGCAGAAAAAACAAGCAAAAUAACUGAACGACAAAUCAAGCUUAUGAAAAGCAGACUUUCUUCAACUGGUCUGUUUUUAGACAAGCCAGAAGAGUUUAACAAUAUAUUUAAAUAUGUCAGAAACUUAGAAUUUGAUGCAGAACCUGACUAUGAUUAUAUUAGAACCCUUUUGAAUUCUAUAAGGAUAAAAAAUAACUUACUACCCUUUGAUUAGCGAGCAAAAAAACUUUGCUUGCUAAGCAAGGUGGAUAUUUUUUAAAAUAUAUAUAAAUAGAAUUGUUUAUGGAUAUUAAAAAAAUCUAAAUUUGGGGUUAGAUUUAUUAAAAUAUAUUUUAUGCAAAAAGGAAUUAAAUUUUUUGCUCGUGAAACAAAGGAAUUAAAAAUCAGCAAAUAACGAUAAUUUUUUCAAAUGGUCUUUCUUCUACAAGGGGGGAAUUAGCAGGAAUGGGCUUUGACUUUAAACCACCCCGCAAAAAACGAGUCCUAAAAACUUCUAGUGUAAAGCUUCCAAAGUCCCAUAAAGUUCUGGCUGAGGUAUCAAAAAGCUUUAUCGUUGUGGAAGAGGACAAAGAAAGCUCAAAGAGCAACGGAAAAGGAAAUUCCUCUUAUGAAACCUAUCCUCUGACUCCUAGAAAGAAUUUUGAAGGAAAAUGCAUAUGGAUUGACGAUGACUCAACACUGUGCUUACUUUCCCACCCAGAAAUCAAAGAUAGAAGCAUUUUAGUCAGCAACAAAGAAAAAAGUCCAGAAAUUAAUAAAGAAAAUUUAGUUGAGGCUGAAACAGUCCCAGUCUAUAAAGAAGAAAUUAUGAUUGACUCGGAAAGAGAUAAAGCAAGUUGCAGAGUUUUUUAA